CAGGCAAAUCCCACUUCUCUUUCAUCUCCAAAACUUCUUGUUUUCUUACUCAAUAUGGCCAAAGAUAAGCUCAUUUUUGCUUCUUCCUUCCUCCUCCUACUAUUGUUUUCUUGUGAAAUUAUCACAUUCAUUGAGGGAAGGCCUUGGAAAACAGUUAUGGAGGAAAACCAUGAAAAAUAUAUGCGACGUGGGGUUUUGGAAGAACGGGCUUCUGAUGAGCCUGGUACCGUGGCAGCUGGUCAGCGUCGUAUGGCCCAAAAUGUCAUUGCAGAUGCUGAUGAUUUCCGUCCCACUACUCCAGGACACAGCCCAGGUGCAGGUCACUCUCUUGGACCUGCAGACGGUAGUGGUUUAAGUUAAUUAGCUCAACUGUGCACGUAUUAAUAAUAUUAAUAAUUUUACGUUGCACAAUAAAAGGUAUCCGUAUCUCAUUAUUCAUGCAUACAACACUUGUAUGCAUGCUGUGUGAUUUGCAGCAAGACCGUACCUCUUGCUUGGGUAGUGAAGUAGUUGGUAUUGAUCUACUGUGAAGAUAUAAAGAUUUGAUGAUGUGUGUGUUCUGAGGGUAUCUCCUAGCUAUAUAUGGCUAGACUUUAUGGUUAAGGGUUGUGUUUAAAUUAUAUAUUUCUACCAGAUAUCCUUCAUGUAUCAGUGUAUCAGUAAAUCAUUAAAAUAGUG